CAAAGGUCCCAUCUUUGAAUUCAACCCUGUCACUGUCCGUUUCGGAGUUGCCCGUCGCAGAAGCAAGAAACAAUGAACAAAAUCCCCCACCGAAAAGAAAAUAGGGCAGUAGCCUGGUCCAUCGAAGACCUUCGAAAGCUCUUCUUGUGGAACUCCACAGAUCCAAGACUUGUUCAAUGGGGUCGUUUGUUAAACCUCUUGCUUUUAUUGCCCCUAACAACCACAUGAUGGAGAAGCCAGAAGAAGACUAAUACUAUGCAGUAUUGUUAUUGUAACUUCGGAGAGUUCAAAGGAGCAUUGGGUAUGGGCAGUGUGGCUGACUUGGAUCCCCAAUCGGCGGCGGAGAAAGCCGUCUCUGUUAUUGGGCUUGGAUAUGAUCUCUGCAAAGAUAUACGAUUCUCUUGUUGCAAGAGCGAGAGGUUGAUCGAGAUUGAUCAGAAGCAGAUGAGGGACGUCGUUUUCCCCGGUGGGGUUGUCGUUCCCGACGUUCCCAACUCCAUCAAGUGCGAUAAAGGUGAGCGCACCAGAUUUCGCUCCGAUUUGCUGACGUUUAAUCAGAUGUCUGAGCAAUUCAAUCAAGAACUGUCUUUGUUGGGGAAAAUACCAUCUGGACUAUUCAAUGUCAUGUUUGACAUGAAACAUUGCUGGUCAAAGGAUGCAUCGUCCACAAAAGCCCUUGCUCUUGAUGGCUGGUUUAUAACAUUGUAUACCAUUGAGAUAGACAAAACUCAUAUGACUCUCUCUGAAAAAGUGAUUAAGGAAGUUCCUUCUUCAUGGAAUCCUGCUGCACUUGCUGGGUUCAUUGAAAAAUAUGGAACUCAUAUUGUUGUCGGGGUGAAGAUGGGGGGUAAGGAUGUGGUUCACAUGAAGCAGUUAAGAAAUUCAGAUCUGCAGUCCACUGAACUGCAGAAACUGCUCAAGCAAUUAGCUGAUGAGAGGUUUUCUGAGAACGCAAACGUAAGUUAUCGUGGCGAGAUAUCAGGAAAUCUAAAGGAUGAUCAUGCUAACCUUUGGUCGGCUCAGAGGCCUUUUCAUGCUGCUGGUAGGCCAAUUGUAAAAAGUCACUCCAAGAAUGAUGAUAUUGUGAGCAUUUCAGUUCGAAGGGGAGGUAUCGAUACUGGCCAAUCUUAUAACCAGUGGCUCUCAACCAUAUCACAAUCACCUAAUGUCAUAUCAAUGUCAUUUGUGCCCCUUACUAUGCUGUUGAACUCUAGCCCUGGCAAUGGAUUUUUGAGUCAUGCAGUGAAUUUGUACCUGAGAUAUAAACCUCCAAUAGAAGAGCUUCAUCAAUUCCUUGAAUAUCAGUUGCCUCGACAGUGGGCUCCUGUCUAUGGUGAUCUGCCUCUCGGAUUCGGUGCUGGACAUAGAAGGAACAUGUUGCCCUCACUGAAGUUCAGUCUCACGGGGCCCAAGCUUUAUGUUAAUACUGCAAAGGUUGACUCUAAAAAUCGACCUGUAACCGGUAUCCGACUACACUUGGAAGGCAAGAAAAGUGAUCAACUCGCAAUCCAUCUCCUACAUCUCUCAGAACUUCCUGGUAUCCUUAAAAUCUCAGAUGACCAUAAGCAUGAACCUAAUGAUGAAGAAGUUGCACGUGGCUACUAUGAACCGGUGAAGUGUCGGCUGUUUUCACACGUGUGCACAGCACCAUUGCAGUACAACAGCUCCCAUAUAGAUGAGCCCGCAGCUAUUGUAACAAAGGCCUGGUUGGAGGUCAAGUCGAUGGGAAUGAAGAAAGUCCUUUUCUUGAAGCUUGGAUUCUCAGCAGUUGCUUCAGCUACAAUCCGCCGAUCAGAAUGGAACGGGACUUCUACUGGAACUAAAAAAUCAGGGUUUUUCUCAGCAUUGAUUAGCACAAGGCUUAGCAAGGAAGUGCCUUCUCCUGUGAAGCCAGCAAAAGUGGAUGUGAAUUCAGCAGUUUACCAAGGUAGCCCUCCUGUGCCAACUAGAGCUAUGAAAAUGCUGAGCCUUGUGGACACAAAUGAAACUACCCGUGGUCCCGAGGAUUUGCCAGGUUACUGGGUGGUCACCGGAGCAAGGCUUUGCGUCGACAAUGGCAGAAUCUCAAUAAAGGCAAAGUAUUCAUUGUUGACUAUCAAAUCAAAUGAUGUACUGAUAUGAAUGUUAGGAGAAGGAAUAAGGUGGAGUUCUUUGUCUCUGUUGUAAUGUAAAUACGAUUAGUUGUAUCAUUUAUUCAGAGUUAGAUUCAUUAUAUCUCAUCUCGUGCAAAGUGCCUUGGAUGAGAGGAUUUUUUGUUAGAAUAGCUUACAUGUGAUUGGGGGAGUCUACAAUGCUGAGGAGGUUAUUGUCAAUUGGAUUUCCGAGUGAGAUAAACAAGUAAAUCAGAGUGGAUUUUGUGUAUUUGCAUGUAAUAUGAAACGAGCUACACUGUAAAGGACUUGUGAAAAGCGGUGCUUCCUAUAACUUUUAUAGCCA